AUGGGCCCACCCGUUGCCGAUGGCUGGAACAGCUUCAUCGGAGCGAUUCGCUCGCGCACCACCGUCGACUCGGGUGUCAUGGAAUUGGCGGUUUGCCGUGUCGCCGUGCUCAACAAUGCUAUCUACGAAUGGAAUGCCCAUGCGCCAUUGGCGUUGAAGGGUGGUAUCAAGCCUGAACAGCUGCAUGCUGCUCGCACUUUGCCCUGCACCGCCGAGGGGGAUGUUACGGAGCUCGAGAACAGCGCGCUCACCCCGCAACAGCGUGCCGUCCUGCGCUAUACUGAUCAGAUGACUCGCACAAUCACUGUGCAAGAUACCGUGUUCGCUGAAUUGAAGACUGUUGGGUACGAUGAUCGUGAGAUUGUAGAGCUCACCACUGGAAUCGCCGGAUACAACUGCGUCAGUCGUUUCUUGGUCGCGCUGGACGUUGGAGAGAACAAUGCUCGUGAGAUGAAGAGUGUCGAUGAGUUGGUCAAUGCUCUGCAGUAA